AACUAGAACAGAUGAUUUAGCUUGACAGAGGAAACAUUUGAGUCUGGCAGGGGAAACAUUAACUAGAAACAUUAACUCCGUGGGUUUGACAGAAAAAAUAUGAAAGUAUAACUUGAGGUAAUGUUAGCUCACUCCGCAGACUGGCAUUGGAAUCUACGAGGGCAAGACCAAAAGCAGCAGGAUCUUGAGAAUUUGGAAAUUACUUUUUGCAUGAUUAGGAGUGGAGUAUGUAAGGUGUUUCAGACAGCGUGCUUUGUGAAUCAAAGGGAUUGUAAACACCAGAAGUGACAUAGCUGGGGAUUAUCUGCUAGGAAGCUCUGUCAAAAGUAUCAAAUAUGAAGAGGAAGACCAGUUAUAGAUGAAAUAUGAGAGCAGUCUUAAAUAAAGAAUGUCUUUACUUUGUGUGGCUGUCAUUUUCAUGUGGAGAGGGAUAGUAAGAAAAGUAGUCAAACAACAUUGCUUUUGACUUGUUUCUACUAGAAAAUGCUAAAUAUGUUAAUGUGGACAGAAAAGUCAAAUAACCUAUCAGGUCUUGAGCAGUAAAGUGUCUGCAGUUGAUAUCUUGAUUUGGUUUGCUGUAUUUUUCUCAGAAAAGUGCUAAUAGUCACAAUGAAUUAUAGUAAUGUACAAUGGUCUUGGGAAUACAACUUCUUAACUGGUAUUGAUCGUAAGCUUGACUCCUUGCAUAGUUAAGGGACCCAGAAGUAACUUGAAUGCGAGUGUCUCUAAUCUUAAAUCAGAUAUGUCAAAAUUAAUCAUUCGUCUCAUUGCUCUAUGAGGAAUUUUGUCAUGGGAUUGACUACAGGUUGCUUGAUGUUUGCAUGUCUGUGAUAAAGCUUGAAAAUAUAUCAAGAAAAAGUUUUUAAUGUGAGCUUAAUUUCACACUUCAGAAUAUUUAUUAUUAAUCACUAUCUAAUUGAAUGUGAUCUUGAAAACCAUUUUCAGUUUACAAGUUUACAUGGAUUUGAAACUGAACAUAUAGAACUAGAUGACUUCAUUGAAUUCAGUGAGGCACAGAAGGUGACUGACAGCAAAAGCUGAUAAAUGUGUAAAUUUAGAUCAUCUAAUUAUUGAAAGUAAUUGUGCAGGUCAGAUAUUGCCCUGGGGGCCUGCCAGAGAGGUGGUAAUUUCAGACCAAUUUAAUUUUCAAUUACCUCAUUAACUGCAUCAUUAGCCUUGCUCCACAGAGAAAUUCUAAUAUGAACCAGUUUUGGUGAUCUCUCAACUCAGUAGCUGUGAACUUGGUUCUGUUACAUUAAUAUAUAUGUAUUGAGCCAACGGCAAACAGAACUUAUGUGAAUAUUUCAUUAUAUAACACAGCUAGUAGUUUUAUUUUUUGCCAGAGGCACACAUGAUUAUGAAAAACAGAUUUGCCAAGGAAAUGACAAUGAUGAAAUGCAGUGGACACCAUUUUUGCACUUCAUAAGAAUAUUGAAUGAGAAUUGAGAGUGUCAAUACUCUUUCACUUUAUUAUGAGCUUGUAGCUGAUGGUCAUAAUUCAUCAUUGGAUACUGAUACUGAUAAGAAGAAGACACAAUAACAGCCCCCAAGGCUGGAGUUUAUGUUUGCUCUUUAACAUUGAGCCCUUGAAGUUGUGUGUUAUCUGAAGUGUCUCACCCAGGGAGUAGAGUUUUAUAACAAGUGAAGUAGUCUUUUUAAAGCAAGAAACUGUCAAAUCUGGCAGUGAGAAGAGAUUUUUAUACGUUAUGGAUGGUUGGAAGACAGGCUGAGAGAUUGACUGAAAAACAGUGAAUUUAAAAAUGUUUUCUGUGCAACUGUAGCUCAAGUUUAAGUCCAAGACUAGAGAAGAAUUAUCAUUAUGAGUCUUGGGUAAGCCAGUUUCCUGUAAUACAGAAUAAUUUGGUCAAUUUUUCUUCAUUUGUCAUGUCCAUAUUGAUCUUCACUGAAAGCUGACUUCCUUUGAAGAGUAUUGAUACAGACUUGUAAUUAUGGUAGAAAUUAUUAGUAUUAGUACAUAAAUCUAAAUAUAUUUUGCCCAAGACAAAGCAGUCUAAGAUGUAAUUGUAUACUGAAGACACACAUUGUAUUCAGUAAUGAAAAACUGACUUGCCCAUAGUGGCUGUUUGCUAUUAGUUUUAGCCAAGGGCAUAAACAAUGAAGGAGAAUGUUGACACCUGCCAGGAAUCCAGGAAAUUUUCUCAGUGAUUGUGUGAGAAACACAAGCCACAUAUUUUCUUUCAUGGUAUGCUAAUAUGCACUUUGUUUAGUAUCUGUUUGACUGAAUAAUAUUAUCCCUGAAGGAAGAGGCUUGCUAUCUGUGGGGAAUCUAAGGAAUAUUUCCGUGAUUGUUUUAGAAAUUGGAGAACUGUGUGAGUGAAGUGAGGAGAAGGUAUAAGCCACUGUCUGUUCAUUUCUGGGAGACACUGUUAAGAUUGUAUUGUCCGGAGAGCAUUUAAUGCUCCAUUUUUUAAAUAUAUUUCUGGGAAUAAUUCUGCAACCAUGGUUUCCAUUGUUGAUGGAUUUCUAGCAUUUGGAGAUAAGCCAAUAAGAUGAGCACUUAAUUGCCAGAGAAAUUUCAUUUUUUUAAGUGGAUCACUUCUACAGCUCUUAAAGACUCUGAUGUAUGCUACUUUAUAUGAUAUACCCAGGGCUGUUUACUGAGUAACCAAAUUGGCUCUUCCAGAAAUAUUGCCACAUAAAUGUUUUGACCUAAAGGAUGGUUGGAAGACAGUGUAAACAUGCAGGAUCGAAUGGUUCUUUGAAACAGUCUGGAACAUUACUUGAACCAAUAUAUAUUUUACAUUGCUUUGAAUUAUUGAAAGAUUGAGGCAUAUUACUGUUCAGAGCAGCAGAAGGAAUUUGAUGGAGUGAAAAUGUAUGUGAAUUGAUGAUAUUUGUUCCUGGGUAUUCUGGAGCUUAUGAAUCAAAGACUACAUCUGAUUAAAAUUAAUGGACAAUUUAUAAUCAAGGCAGUUGAGAUGACUGUGGCUUUGUGGUUUUUUUACUUACAUUAUCAGUGUAUUCCAGGAUAUUGGAUUUUUUCAUCCUUAAGGAACUCCUAAACACUACAAACAAAACAGGAACUGGGACACUCCAGAUAAAGAGCACAUUCUUGUUUUCUUGUGCGUUUCAAUGUGCAUUUUAUUGGUGAUUACAGAAGGGAGGAAAGACAUCAAUAGUUGAAUGACUUAAAUCUGUGGAUUUGGAUUAAAAGUCAGUUUAUUGCUCAAUAAUCCUACCUGUUCAAUUAUCACAAAUGGGAAAUGCAGAGGGGAUUUUCCUAGAUGAAGAUGGCAUUCUGAUUGAUGAUGAGGACCUCUAUGCCCAGCACUUCACCCAAAGGACUGGCACAGACUCGGGUUUGGGACUCCAUGAACAACCACCCUCCCAAGCUUCCACUCAAAACAACAACAACAAGAUGGCUGACAACAGAGUGAACUAUCUCAGUAUCUCUCAGCCGACCCAAGAUGCAUCAUGUGACGACUCUCACCCAAUGGAAGAGAAGAGCCUCCAUGUGAGCGACUUUGAGGAUUCGCUCCAAGAGGAGGAUGUUUCCCACAGGUCUCUGCAGAGUGCUGAGGAAUCAGAGUUGGUGUAUUUUAAUGAGCAGGAUAGUCCAUCUACUUCCAAGCUAGGGAGUCUGAGACACCAGCAGGAUGAAGAAGAGGAAUUUUUAGGACAGCCAUACCAUGCCCAAGGUCAACAGCCACUUGUAUUCCAAGAUGUUGGUGAUGAUGAAGAAGACAACAGUAUGUUGACUGAGAGUAACACAGAUUCAAGACAUCUUCCUCACCAACAAGACUCUAGUAAUUAUCCUCGUUUUGCUGAGGAUGCCUUCACGCAGAAUGACUUAACAAAUCAGUCUGCAACUCAACAGAGGAAUUUGUCUCUGUUGGAGUUUGAGAAUUUGGAAAGCCAUCUUGCUGCAGCCAGUGAUAGCAACCAAGCCCCGGAUCCUCUCAUGGAAUACCUGCAGUCCUCAAGAGAGAACAGGACCAAUCAGGGGACUCUUGGAGACAGUGAGGAUGUAAUCCAUGCUGUUUACGAGGAGGAAGGGGAGGAAGAGGAGGAUGAUUUCAGUGAAUCCUCUCAUGAGCAGAAGUCUGAAGGAAGUCGUGGCAGCAGCAGGCAGUCUCGACUGGACACUUUUAAAUCUGAUCAAGAUGGCCGAAACACUGCCUCCUCAUUAGGGCAGCAGACGUCUGCCAAAACUGUGAUAAAUAUGUAUGAAGACAAUCUUGAUAAUUCAUUUGAUGACAGUAUUGCCCAAGUGUCAGGUGCCUCAGGUUUUUUUAUGACUGAGACAAGGGAAAGUACCCCUAGUCCUAGUAAGAUACCAGUUUACUCACGCAACAGUCCGUCCACGACACCAGCACAAUCUCGAUCAAGGUCAAGAUCUCAUUCAAGCAGCAGAGUGAAUAGCCGUCCAAAUACCCCACACAGUGGGAGAAAUACCCCAAGUCGAAUUCCAAAAUGGACCCGGAGUGGAUCACCCCAGGCGCCACCUGUAUCUCAGUCAAACAGUCGCACAGGAAGUCCGAGCUCACGUCCAUGGAGUCGCAAUGAGAGUCCACUCCGAGCAGAGACUCCUAGUAAAAUACCAGUUUUGGGUGAAAGGUCUAGCAGGCCUACAAGUAGGUCAAACACCCCUGUGGGUUCAAGAAGAGGUGGAUCUUCACCAAAGACCAGCACACCGUCCACACCUGUCAAAGGUCUCAAGUCAGGGAGUAGCAGCAGAAUACCCUCACCAAAGUUCAGUAAAGGAGAACCUAAAAUUCAAAAAUCUCACAGCCAAAUGUAUAGCCGUCCAAGGUCUAGUGACAGUCAGAGAUCAGGGUAUCGAUCUAAAAAAUCUAGCAGUGAUUCUCGGCCUGAUUCUGGAAGUAGUAGGAGGUCUGGGUACAGCAGCAGAGGUAGGGGGAGCCCCAAACUGUCCAGUCAAACUAAACCCAAGACAAGCUAUAGUGAAACCAGAGCUGAUGAACCUUAUUCAUCCUCUAACAGGGGCAUGUUUACUCAAGCCAACAGGGAAGCCUACAUGCAAAAACAACCACAAGGAAUUUCCCAUGCUGAUUCACACAAUGCUGGGCCGGCCGGCGAUUUCUGGUCCAAAUCACAACAACGUCAGUCUGCCAGUGAACCUGAGUACACGGAAGAAAAUACACAAAGUGGAAAUCACUACAGUGCCAAGUCUGAACAGAAUUCUGAAUUUGAUGAGGAAGAAAAUGCCACCAGGGAAUCACUUGGACAGAUUGAUCAUGGUGCGCCUGGUUUCCCAUUAAUCUUGCCAGAUAAACCACUGAAACCAUCCAAAACAUUCAAAGUCAGACACUCCAGUGGAGUGAGAGGACGGACUAAUCGUCCUCUUCGUGUCAUGUCGGAUAGGAGUUCCGGAGAGCACGAUGAAAUAAUGAGUAUUUCGUCUGAUGCCUCCAAAGGACAACUCACAGCUAGAUUAAAAGAGGAAAAGACUCAGAGGAAACACACUGAUGAGCUGGUUCAUCAACUGCAGAAUGACUAUGACAAACUACUGGAGAAGUAUGCCCUAGCUGAGGUCACCAUUGACCAGUUGCGUCUUGGUGCCAAAAUCCACCUUCACUCGGACCCCCCAGAGGCCAGUCGUAGUUACCAGGGUGUGGUGCCGGCGCCACAGAGACUACAGGUGUUCGAUAUACCCAAGACAUCAAGAGCCACCAUGGGGGUGAUUGGGACAGGACCUCAGAAAGCUCAGUUGAGUGUGGGACAGUCACCAGGUGAUGCCACUAUGCAGUCACCAAAGCAACAUGACUCCUCCAAUGAUACCUCAGGCCUGGAUGGCAACUCAUCUCUCACUGCAACCACUAGCGGAGAAAGCUGGAAGCUGGCUUUAACAUUUCAGGCUAAAGGUCUCGAGGACAAGCUCAACUCUUUUGAAAUGCUGUUGAAUGAGCAUCAGCUUGAACCAGCAGAACAAGAACUUGUCUACAACAAGAUCAGGUCAGAGUUUGACAAACUACAGCAAGAUUAUAGGGCAGCGAAGGAGAACCACGAACAAAUGAGAAGGCAGGGGACCCUGGCAAGUGGAGGUACCAACAUGGACUUUGAUGAGGAUAAGGAGAUGGAGGGAGAACUCUUUAAACUUGGUAUGAAACUUGAGGCAAUUGGGGAACGUGUGGAAGAGGACUUAGAUUCCAGGCCUUCCAGUAGAGUUCCUUUUCAAGAACAUUCUCACAGGCAUUCUUCACAUGGUGGAGGCCAUGGUCAUCAUAAUAAGGGUCAAGGUCAUGAUCAUCACAAACAAGGUCAUGGUCAUUCGCCUCCAAGGUCAAGGACAUCCAGCACUUCAGUAAAGCAGAAAAAGAAACCGUCAAAGGUUGAAAGUGUGACUGAUACUUUAGAUGCCCCUGUGGAGCCUGUUAUAGGCAGCAAGCUUCAGCAGUUGCAAGAGGAGUACAGGGCUCUUAUAGACAGGUAUGAUAGGCUGAAGAGAUUGCCUAGGACACCUGAUAGAGACAGGGAGAUAAGUCAGUUGAUAGAGAAGAUACAAGAACUCAGCAAAGAGUCCCCAAGAGAUUUUCCAUUGCCAUUAGACCUGCAGAAAAGUACUUUACCAAGAGCUGAAGAGAGGCAGUACAACUCCAGCAGCCCUGAUGGCUAUCACUAUACAGACUCAAGUUCACCUCCUGGGCCAACGUACAAAAACCAUAAAAGAGGACACCAGGGUCAAGAUGGCGGCAGUUACAGCAGUGUACCUGACAGUGGUAUGUCCACGCCCAUUAGGGAUCAACAGCCAAUGAAAAUGCAGCAACCCAGACAGAGGUCACAUGAUGAUGUAGACAGUGGAUUUGUUGGCUCUGAGAGCAGUCGACAGUCUCUUUUGCCGGGGCAACACAAGAUGAAUUUGGGUAGGGGCAGUAAAGUUCAUGCCAGGCAGCGUGUUCCUCAGACUCAGGUUCAGGAGGAACAGCCACAGUGGGCAGAGAGUGUGGAAAGUGGGAGUGAUGCCACGUCGGUUCAGCCUAGGAAACGCGAAUCCCGAGGAACGUCUACCAAACGUGCCAGCUCCAGGCAGAGGCCUCAGUCCUCAAAGUCGUCAAAAUCUCAUGACUCCAUGUCGUCCAAACCACAGUCCUCCAAGCGUUCCAGACAUUCCAGUUCACGUUCCAGUCAGAGGCCGUCCUCUCAGCUCAGCAUGCUGACAGAGAGUGAUGCCCAGUCUUCUGUUUCUAUGGUUUCCAGUACAAGCAGCAGGAGAAGUACAAGGCUGCAAUCUUUGCAUGAGGAGAUAGCUAAAAUGAAGGAGAGUCUAUUAAACUGGACAGAGUCCCAAAGACAGUCUGUGUUACCUCCACCAAAUCUUGGUAAAGAAAAUGUAUAUCCAAAAUCAGAUACAGAGAGCAGGCAUUCGCGACACACAUCCACUCAACCCAAGCACCAUACAAGGUAUGAUGCCAGGGGCUCCAGAGACUUGACUGCUCCUAGUCACAGACAACAGACUCAGCAAGGCACUGCUGGCAGAGGGCAGCACCAGCCUGGGUGGGGGACACUGAGAAGAGAAGAUUUGGAGGGCGACUACCACAGUGGGGGUUUUGAUGCAGACCAAAGAAGCAAUAGGGAACCAGAGAUAGACAGAGCUCCAGCACAUGACAGUACAGACAUGCCAUAUGAAAGAAAAGGGUGGACAGGGAGUGGACCUCAGUCCAGAUAUCCCAGGCACAACACAGAUGACUAUGACAGUUCACAUAGACCAUCAUACCAAAGGUACCAUGACACAUACAGACCCAAUCAAUCCCAGUAUGAAGAGGAUGACAGGAAUUUCCAGGAUGAAAAUGGAGAUUAUGACAAUGAUCCUCAUAGGUUGAGAAAAUAUUAUGAUUAUUACAUUCCCAGGUCAUCAGGAUUAAGGAGCCAAGAGGGGCCGCUGAGGUUUAGACAGUCCAGGGACCAGCCACCCCAGCCGCCUGACUAUCACUCCAUGUACAGGUCUGGUGGAGGAGUGCCACCCCUGGGGGAAUAUGAGGAUUCUCCACACAGACCACAAAGUCAUAGAAUGACUAGGUCUGAACUGGGAGGGGGACCAGGGGUUACUGGGGUCAAAACUGUAGCUUGUCCCCUCUGUGGUGGGAGUGGCUAUCAUACACACACUGAGCAGAACUAUGUAUAUCAACCACAACCAGUUCAACCAGCUCAACCAGCUCCAGCGGUUGCUCAACCAGUGUAUGCUAUACAGCAGCCCUCAGUGCCACAACCUGCAGUGACUUUGGCUCCUUUAGAUCUCACCAACCAGCAACAGCCAGUAUACUUACAACCAGUGACACCAGUACAACAACAACAACAGCAGACACAGGACCAACAACAACAACAACCUGUAUAUUUACAGCCUGUUACUCCAGUACAACAGAAACCAAUGUAUCUCCAGCCUGUGACACCAGUUGUGAUGACUGCUCCAAUGACAAGCACACCUGCAGUCCCCACCACCCCAAAAGUGCGUUAUUAUGUCAAAGAGUAUGGUGACAAUCAAAGCAGCAGCAGUCGAAGCACAAGAAAGUCUCACAGGACAGUAGUAUCAGACAUUGAGAAUGAGUAUGACAGUGAGCUGGAGGAUUCACUCCGAGAGGCCACAAGAUCAGCGAGAAAAUUAAAAAAGAUCACAGGAAAAAUGCGAGGAGAUGUCAAGGAUGACCUCUCAAGGUCACUUAGAUACAGCACUUUGCUUGCCUGAGACUAAUUAUUUUGAGUAGUAUAAUACUAAGUUGCUCAUGAAAAUAAUUUCAAUCUCAUGUAUGUGUUUUUAUCUUAUUCAGAAUUUUUGUAAGGAAUAUUAAAUUGAGCAUUGUUUAGGGGUAAAUAAAGUAAAAUACGAGCACUUUAAUUGCGACAAAUUGUAAAGAAAUUACCUUAGGGGUGUUGUACGUAUCCACAGUGUCAAAUAAUAGUUUUCACAUUAAAUAAAAAUCAGCAUUUUACAUAGAUGUCAUAGUAUUUUAUAUGGCUGUCUUAGAUGUGAUAUUUUGCAUUCAGAUACCCCAAGACGAGUUGAGAGAUGUUAGCCAGCUUUUUACAAAUUGUUGAGUAAAUAUUUGCUAUUGGUAGGAAUUUUUAAACAAAAUUAAUAUAUGUUCAUGUUACAACUUACAAGAAGGGUGGAUAAAUUGUUAAGGGAAUUGCCCAUUUAAGUAUUAUUUGUAGUUCUGGGGCAGUCAAGGAUACAGCAGUGUAGUUUUUCAACAUACAGUAAUGCUACUAACAUUACCCCUGCUUUAGCCAUUUGAUUGUUCACUGUCAAAGAAUUGUGAAACAUCUUUACAAUGUUUCCAGUUUAGCUCCUUUGUAAAGCCUGUCUGAUAAUCACAUUUUAUUGUAUUUUGUAUUAAUUUACAUCGGGUAUUUAACAGACUUAAAACUUACACAAGUUGCAUUGUAUGUUUGUGUUUUUAACAUUGUUUGAUUUCUUCGAAAAUUUGCUGUCAUUCAGUACAAGUAAUCACAUUUGUAAUAUUUGUUCAUCAUUGUUUAAAAUGUUUCCUUUUUUAUGAGACAUUACAGUUAUAUAAUUGUUUUGUAAACUGAUAGGCCAGUUUAAUUAAAGAACCAUAUAAUCUUUUUGAAGAGAUAACUAAAUCAAAUCAAAUCAUGAUGCCCUGCAAGCAUGUCAUACUGUUCACAAGCAAUUUUAUUUGGUUGUUAAGAAAAACCUAAGCCUUUUGUGAACAGAUCUUUAUGAUGAAGUACCUUUUAUAAGAUGUACGUAGUAUUUAUUUUAAAAUUUCAGUUUAAAAAAAAUGAGUUUAGAAGUGUGUAAAAAUUGGCUUAUCACUGUUGUACAGUAUCAAGAAGUCUGUGCCUUGUAUAAGAACUUGCCUGAAAUAUUUAAAAUGAUGUGAAUUAAUACAGUAACUGUACUCCACAUUAAAAAAAGUAUGGUCACAAUGAAAGUAUUUUUCUCAAAUAUGUUUAGUAUUCAAACAUGAUGAGAAAUGAUGUAUUUUUAUAAAAAUGUAUUAAAUAGUGCCUUG